AUGGAAGCUAACAAGAAGGCUUCAAAUCUGAGGAAAACGGCGGACGAGGAGGUGGACGAGGUGGAGGAGGUGGAUGAGGCGGAUGAAGAGGAGGUGGCGGUGGUGAAAGGGAAGAGGAAGGCAAAAGCGAAGGAAGUGGAGGAGGUGGAGGAGGAGGAAGAGGAGCAGGAGGAGCAGGAGAGUGAGGAUGCGUCCGUGGACGAGAAGGACGUGAUUCCGAAGCGGGAGGCGAACGCACGAUGGCCAGAGCGGUGCAAGGAGGUGAAGGGAGUCAAGCACUACUCGGCAGUCACCAUGGACGGUCACCUGUACAAGCUUGGCGACGAUGUUACGGUGCAGGGCGAGCCCAACGGUCAUGACUUCAUGGGUACGAUCAAGGAGAUAUUCAAGCCCGCCAAGGGAGAAGUGUCAUGCUUAUUACGCUGGUACUUCCGGUACAGCGAUACGGCCAUGGGGGCGUUGGGGGACGGCAUUGUGGAUCCGCGCUUGUGCUUCUGGUCGCGGGAGACUGACGACAACCCUGCCAGCUGCAUCACAGGGAGGGUCAGAGUCAAGCGAGUCAAACCUCCGUCGGGCCCCAAGGAGCCGCUGGACAUACCAGGAGACGUGGACUUCGUGUACCACUACAUGUACUCGUACGACUUCGCCUCCUUCUCCGACAUUCCCAAUGAUGAGUGCGAGCAAAAGCUGGACUGCCUCCCGGACCCGCCGGCCGUCCACCCACCUGGAUCAAACGGGGUGAAUGGAACGGAAGAGAGCGAGAAACACGAGGUGGCAAGGAAGGCCGAGUGCAAUGGAAUGCAUGGGGGAGAUGGAGGAGAGAAGGCCGUGCAGAGCAAGGAGGAGGAGGGGGCUACUGGGAAGGAUGAGAGUGGCCUGGGAGAUGAGUGUGUUGAUGCAGAAGGGGGAGGAGGGAGAAGGGAAGGUGAAGCCAAGGUGGAAGAGGGGGGUGGAGGGGAUGUUGGACUUGUGGAGCUGGAAGAUAAGAAGGCAGAUGGGAAGACAGAAGGCACAGCGGUGGAAGGUGUAAAGGUGGAGAGUGGUGGGGCAGUGGGGGGUGUGAGUGAGGUGGGAGUUGAUAAUCAGGAGCAGGGCGAGGAAGGAAAGGGGGAAAAUGGGAAGGGAGAGAAAGGAAAAGGGGAAAGUGGAAAGGGAAACGAAGGGAAGGAGGUGGAAGGGAAGGCAGGUGUGAAGGUUGAAGAUCCUGCAGUAGGCAGUAUGAAUGUGGAGAAUGGGGGGCCAUUGAAUGAUGCUGGUGGGGGGCCAUUGAAUGAUGCUGGUGAGACGGGAGAUAAUCAGAAAAAGCGCGAAAAAUUGCAGGGAGAAAAUGGGAAGGGAGAGGACGGAAAGAAAGAGGAAGGCCAAGAAGGUAUGAAGGUGGAGAGUGGUGGGGCAGUUGAGGGUGCGGGUGGGGUGGGAGAUCAGGAGAAGGACGAAGAAGGGAAGCAAGAAGAAGGCACAGGAGAGGAAGGAAAGGGAGAGGAAGGAAAGGGAGAGAAAGGGAGGAAGGAAGGAAGCGAGGGGAACGAGAAGGAAGAGGACGGGAAGGAGGACCAAGGAGAGAAGACGAGCAAAGCUGCAUCGGCCGGCAAGAAGGGGCGGCUUUCGGGAGGCGGGGCUCGGGCUGCUGCCGCCCCUGCUACAGUGACUCUGCCGCCCCAGACCAUGCGUCUGAGGAUGCUGGACAUGUACAGUGGCUGCGGUGCCAUGUCGACGGGGAUUGAGAUGGGUGGCACUCCCAGAGGCGUCACCAUUGACACUUGCUGGUCCGUGGACUUCAACGCAGCUGCAUGCGAGAGCAUGAAGUACAACCACCCGCUCUGCCAGGUGCGCAAUGAGACUGCAGACGAGUUCCUGGCGAUUCUGAAAGAGCUGCCGACCCUGCUGGAGCGUUAUGCUGUGUCCUCCGGUGAAAACGGUGUGUCUACAGCAGCAGCGGCAGCAGCAGUGUUCAUGGAUGCGGAUGGUGAGAAGGGCGGCAAGGCUGUUGCUCACAAACACAAGGUCGUGCACCACUCACACCACCAGCACCAGGAGGAGAAGCAGCAGCAGCAGGAGCAAGAUCAGGAGCAGGGAGGUGAAGGGUCAAAGGCGAAGGUGGAAAACACCAAGGAGGUGGAAAUGGGAGAUGCGGAAGAGGCUGCAGGAGUGGAAGAGAUAGCGGAGGAGGUAGAAGAGGAGAUAGAGGAGGUGGAGGCGAAAGGAAGGGGGAAGAGGAAGGGGAGGGCGUCGGCUGAUGAGGAUGGGAAUAGGAGGACCUCAGGCCGGAACAAGCGGCAGAAGUGCAACGGUGCUGCUGCCAGCAAGGGCAGCUCUGGGAAGGCGAGUGGGAAGACACAGGAGGAAGAUGAGGAGAGCAGUGAUGAGGAGAUUGAUGAGGGGGAGUUUGAGGUGGGGCGAAUUGUCGGGGUGAGGUACAUUGCUGCCACGGAGAAGGGACGGCCAGCUGGCAUUUACUUCAAGGUUCAGUGGAAGGGGUACGGACCAGAGGAGGACACCUGGGAGGCAGAAGAGAGCCUCAGGCCACGCUAUGCCAAGGCGACCAACAGUGGGACGUUCACAUGUGGUGGAGGUCAAGGAGACGAAGCUGCUACUUGUGCCACAGCCGGUACGGGGCGCAUAGACGCUGGUAAGCUGCUCCCAGUUCUUGGUUCUUCAUUGCUGCAGCUCGUGCAAGCAGGCUAUCUGGGACUAUCUGCUGUCCCUUUUGCUGGCAGAAGGUUUCGCAACACGGAGGACCCUCUGGCGUGUGAGAAGAACCGGCAGCUGAUUGUGUUCAUGGACCUGGUGGGGUGGCUGGCGCCCACGUGGGUGCUCAUGGAGAACGUGGUUGACCUCAUGAAGUUCAAAGAGGGCAUCCUCGCCAAAUACGCCAUCGCCCGCCUUGUUGCCAUGGGGUACAAGUCUCGCACGGGGAUUAUUGCAGCCGGGUGCUUUGGAGUCGCCCAGUUUCGCCUCCGAGCUUUCUUCUUCGGCGCUUUGGAUGGCCAUGCGCUUCCAAGCUUUCCCUUACCCACACAUCUCGUCGCGAAGGAGAGAGGCUCCGUGCCCACCCGCUGGAUGAGGAACUUUGUUGGGUGGGAGGAGAAGUCUCCUGUGUUGAAGACGCUGAAGCCGGCACUCGUGCUCAAGGACGUGAUAUCUGAUCUCCCACCGGUGACAAACGCCACGACUAUGGACGUCAUGGAAUACACCAAGCCACCUGCCAACAACUUCCAGCGAUUCAUACGCCUCCCCAAAUCCGCCUUCCGUCCCCCUCCCCUAGAUGGGACCUCCCCGAACUCGCCCUGGUCAUGGGACGCCAACCCCACGCUGCUGGACCACCGCACGCACAACCUCAACGCCGAUGACUUCUAUCGCGUGGAGAGGAUUCCCAAGCGCGAGGGAGCAUGUUUCCGCGACCUGCCAGGAGUGCUAACUGACCCUGUCACCAAGAAGUGCUCUCUGGACAAGACUCUCCAGCCCCGCCCGUUCAUCCCGCACUCAGGCAGUCCUCUGUGCCCUGACUAUGCCAUCUCAUUCGUGAAAGGCACCUCCUUCAAGCCCUUUGCUCGUCUGUGGUGGAAUGACACGGUCCCAACUGUUGUCACACGACCCGAGCCUCACAACCAGGCAAGCCAAAGGCAGAAAGCCUUUGGAUGA